AACCCAAAGCAGCUCAUCAUUCUGGCAUGUUCUGCAGCGUGCCCUAACCGAAGCUGAAGGAUAACACAUGACACUGAAGAUGAAUCUCGCUCGCUGACAGAACGGCAUCCCUGCUGGGUGGAUCCUGCAACUCCUAGAGGGAAUGGCACUUCUUGUUUUUAAUUAGCAAGGUGAAAGGUGAAUUAAAACUAGCUGUUUGGCAAGUCAGUGCAAGAGACUGACUUCGGAGAGGCUUCAGGGAGCCAGAAGAGAAGAGCUCCACCGGGAAAGCAGUGCAUGUGCUCCGGGGAUUUUUUCUGAAUGAAGCGCUUGCAGAAGUGACUUUAAAAAAAUACAGUUUCCUCCUAGUCUCCCCGCGUAGUUGCUGAAGAGAGCUCUGGACAGGACAUGGCUCUGAAGACUCACUCCUUGGAAUGUCCUCUUGCUCCCGGCUUAUAAACAACUGACCUCAGGGAAGAAAGGUUUUCCGUAUCCAAAUACAGCCUGACAAAUGGCACUUUGGGACUGUGCUUUCUGAUGACAACACAUUCGAUUGCUGACAAAGCCUCUCACGCGCUGCCCCUGGAAGGGAGUCCUAAGUAAAACUCAGACCCGCCUUAAAGUGAGGAUCGAGGUGUGCCUGGUGAGCACGGCAGCAUGGCAUCGGCUGCGAACCUUGUCACCUGGCUCCUGUGGGGUAACUUACUGGAGCUGUGGAUAGGAGGGCACACGGCUGAUACCACUCACCCCCGCUUACGUCUGUCACAUAAAGAACUCUUGGACCUAAAUCGAACAUCAGUCUUUCAUAGCCCUUUUGGGUUUCUUGAUCUCCAUGCAAUGCUGCUGGAUGAGUAUCAGGAGAGACUCUUUGUGGGAGGCAAGGAUCUUGUGUAUUCUCUCAGCUUGGAACAAAUCAGCAGUGGCUAUCAAGAGAUACACUGGCCUAGUACGGCACUAAAAAUAGAAGAAUGCAUAAUGAAAGGAAAAGAUGCAAGUGAAUGUGCAAAUUAUGUUCGGGUUUUGCAUCACUAUAAUAGGACACACGUUCUGACCUGUGGUACUGGAGCUUUUGACCCACUUUGUGCCUUCAUCAGGGUUGGAUACCAUUUGGAAGAUCCCCUGUUUCAUCUGGAACCGCACAGGUCUGAAAGAGGAAGGGGCAGAUGUCCUUUUGAUCCCAGCUCCUCCUUCGUCUCUACCUUAGUGGAUAGUGAAUUGUUUGCUGGACUCUAUAGUGACUACUGGAGUAGAGACGCUGCAGUCUUCCGGAGCAUGGGGCGACUGGCUCAUAUUCGCUCCGAGCAUGACGACGAGCGCUUGUUGAAAGAACCAAAAUUUGUAGGUUCGUAUAUGAUUCCUGACAAUGAAGACCAAGAUGACAACAAGGUGUAUUUCUUUUUUACCGAGAAGGCCCUGGAAGCAGAGAGCGGUGCGCACGCCAUUUACGCCAGGGUGGGGCGCCUCUGUGUGAAUGAUGUAGGAGGCCAGAGGAUACUGGUGAAUAAGUGGAGCACUUUCCUAAAAGCCAGACUGGUCUGCUCAGUACCAGGCACGAAUGGAAUUGACACCUAUUUUGAUGAAUUAGAGGAUAUUUUCUUGCUGCACACCACAGAUCAUAAGAACCCAGUGAUAUUUGGACUCUUUAACACUACCAGUAAUAUAUUUAGAGGGCAUGCAAUAUGUGUCUAUCACAUGUCUAGCAUCCGGGAAGCCUUUAAUGGACCAUAUGCUCAUAAGGAAGGACCUGAAUACCACUGGUCACUCUAUGAAGGAAGAGUCCCUUAUCCAAGGCCUGGUUCCUGUGCCAGCAAAGUGAAUGGUGGGAGAUAUGGAACCACCAAGGACUAUCCCGAUGAUGCCAUCCGAUUUGCAAGAAGCCAUCCACUUAUGUACCAGCCCAUAAAACCUGCCCAUAAAAAACCAAUCCUGGUAAAAACAGAUGGAAGAUAUAACCUGAAACAAUUAGCAGUAGAUCGAGUGGAAGCUGAGGAUGGCCAAUACGAUGUCUUGUUCAUUGGGACAGAUAAUGGAAUUGUACUGAAAGUAAUCACGAUUUAUAACCAAGAAAUAGAAUCAAUGGAAGAAGUAAUUCUAGAAGAACUUCAGAUAUUCAAGGAUCCUGUUCCUAUUAUUUCUAUGGAGAUUUCUUCAAAGAGACAACAGCUGUAUAUUGGAUCUGCUUCUGCCGUGGCCCAAGUCAGAUUCCAUCAGUGUGACAUGUACGGAAGUGCUUGUGCUGACUGCUGCCUGGCCCGAGACCCUUACUGUGCCUGGGAUGGCAUAUCCUGUUCCCGGUAUUACCCGACAGGCACCCAUGCAAAGAGGCGGUUCCGCAGACAAGAUGUUCGGCACGGAAACGCUGCUCAGCAAUGCUUUGGACAGCAGUUCGUCGGGGACGCUUUGGAUAAGACUGAAGAGCGACUGGCCUAUGGCAUAGAGAACAACAGUACUUUGCUGGAAUGUACUCCACGAUCUUUGCAAGCAAAAGUUAUCUGGUUUGUACAGAAAGAACAAGAGGCAAGAAAAGAGGAGGUGAAGACAGACGACAGAGUGGUUAAGAUGGACCUCGGUUUACUCUUCCUCAGGGUUCACAAAAUGGACGCUGGGACCUAUUUUUGCCAGACAGUAGAGAACGGUUUUGUCCAUACCGCCCGUAAAAUUACCCUGGAGGUAGUGGAAGAGGAGAGAGUAGAGGAGAUGUUUCACAAAGACUAUGAAAAGGACAGGCCUCACAAGAUGCCCUGUCCUGCCCAGAGUAGCGUCCCACAUGGGGCAAAACCCUGGUACAAGGAAUUCUUGCAGCUGAUCGGUUAUAGCAACUUCCAGAGAGUGGAAGAAUACUGUGCAAAGGUAUGGUGCACGGACAAGAAGAGGAGGAAGCUUAAAAUGUCGCCUAUCAAGUGGAAAUACACCAACCCACAGGAAAAGAAGCUGCGUGCCAAAGCCGAGCACUACCGCCUGCCCAGACACGCGCUGGACUCGUGAUGGGGUGAAACCGGCGACUGGCUUCCCCGAAACGGAAGCACAGCCGCAACAGCGAAGAGGAACCAUUCAGCCUCUUGGUAUAGCUUAAAACAUUUCUGUAGCGCAGAAGUGACUGUGAAGGUAUUAUGAUAAAUUAUUCUACAUACUCAUUUGACUGGUUAAAAAUCUCGUAUAAUUCACUAAUUUUUCUAAACAAGCGUAUUCCUCGGUGGCUUCCCACUAUAUAUACCAAAAAGUGACCAUAGCUGUAGUUUUGAGUACUUGGCUGCUUUUCCUUGGCAAUUAUUAUUUUACCCUUGGACGAUUUAGGAUUAUUGGAAUAUGGAUGAAAAAUUAGAGAUUUUAAUAAGCAUGGAAAAAAUGAAAAUAUAUAUUUUAAUCUUUCUAAAUUCAGAAUAUCAAAUACUUUAACGUUCUCAUGUGAACUGUCUGUACUUUUUAGGAAUUCUUGUCUUAGUAUCUAACCUAUGUGUUUUAUGAAGCAGGUGUGUUGUAAUUAUUGUAAAACAUGAAAGAAAAAUUGUGGUCACCUUGAGGCUCGUGCCCUUCAUAAAACAUUCAUUCAACCCCAUUCACUACAGUUACAUUUCAUGAUGAAAACACGUCCUUUCAAUUUCACUCCACUGCAUAAAGAAUGAAGUUAAGGUAACUUAUUUAAAAAAAAAAAAAAAAAAGCCAAAAAAAAAGAUGAAGUUACAGUUAGAUGUCUACCUGGAAAAUGUUUUUGCUGCCCUCUUGUGGUAGAAAAAGUUUAUUAUCUUUUUUCUCUUUUCACAGAUUGUCCAGUGAAGAUUAGAAAGCAGUUUGUUAAUACAUCUUGUCCAUUUUCAGAAAUAAAACCUUAUAAAAAUGUAUUUAUGUCAUGCUUUAAGGUGGAGAUAAUGUGUUUAUGAAUAACUUAUUACCUCACAAACCAAAAAUGAAGAUAACAGCACCGAAGCUCUAUUAAAACUUAAAUUUUAUGACUUCUAAAUAAUCUUCCCUGAAAUAUAAAAGAUACUCCAGAAACAUACGUUUAUUAUUUUUAAAAUAUUAAAAGAGUUUGCUCUUGGAUAUCAAAUUUUCCUAUUUUAUGUUAAUAAGAAAAUUGUUUCAUGAGUUUACUUAUCGAGAUGUCUAGAGUACUUUUCCCUUUAUAAGUAGUAUCAAAAGUUUUUAUUUCUGAGAAUGCUUAUUUCUUGAUGUCUUUCCUUCUCCUUUUUAGUUAGCGAUUACCUUUCUAAAGUAUGAAAUUUUGUUGAGAUUUCUCAUUUAAAUAAAAAUUAAAAGCAAGUGAAUUACACAUGAAAACAAUUAUGAAUAUUUGUUUAAAUGUUAACUUUAUUCAGUUCAGUUUUCAAAGUUUGCUUAUGGGGUACAUAAUUAAGAAAGUUCAAGUGUUGAUAACUUGUAAUGGCUUGCAAUUUCAUUCAAAAAUUAAGAAACACACAAAUGUUUUUAAAAAGUUUAAAAAGUUCAUUUUUUAAGCCAUCAAGCUCCAGAAGGUCUAAAGGGUAAAAUAUUUUGAAAAUUAACAUUCUCUGAAAAACCCAGUUGCUGUUUGCCCAUGAAUCCACUGGAGGUCAUUGCUGCCCACCAGUAUUAACUGAAAACAGCAUAUUUAUCAGUAAAAUCCUGCCCAAUGUGGAGAGAGAGAACCAUAACUACGGAUCACAGGGUCUUUAGCAAAGUUUAUGUCUGAAACACUCAAAGUGAACAGAAAAGUCAAUAAAGCACAAUUUAUUGAAAAUAUUCUGCCAUUAUCCAAGAAAAGGGAAAGCAGGAUUUUUUCUCUUGUAUUCAUAUCCUUUUGUUAAGUAAGGCAGAUAGCACCUGUGUUCGUUGUUGCCAUUUUAAUCCUGAGAACAUACACAAACAGUUGAUAACAGUGAUGUCAGUCGUGAGCUCAGAUAUUUGCUAACUGAAGAGAUAAGACGGAGGAGAAUAACAUUUUUAUGAUAUAAGUCUUAAGAAGUAAAUAUACCUUGAAGCUGUUUAGGAAAAUGAGAUGACUAGUAAGAGGGGGAGGUUUUUAAAAUGUUAAUUUGAGAAAAGCCUGAAAAAAUUUAGAGGACUCAAGUCCACAAUUUAGAGAGGGCGCUGAAUUUUCAUAUAUAUACACUUUUUUCCAUUUGCUCAGUCUCUCCCCCUUUAGCUACCUGCAAGACAAGGAGGAAUUAAGAGUCUGCCCUGACCCACCAUAUUUUCCCCAGUCAUAGAUAGAGCUGGGGAAGAGAAAUCCUGCCCUCUAGGAACAAACAUUAAGCUGAGAAAGUCUCAUAACCAACCAUCCCAGAUUCAAAGAAGAACCUCCAUGUAGGAUCGUCUCAUGCUUCUUCGGACCUUCGCUGUGUUCUCCUCUGUGAAGGGAGAGGUCCUGGGAAUAGAACGAGCCUUGAUAGAAAACAGUGUACAUCUCCUCUUUCAGUCCUUCGUCACCCCUACUGAGCUAGAGAUACGGAUUUGUUAGCAAGGAGGAUUGCAACUUGAAGAGGUUUUGCUUCAGAAAUUGUGAGGUCUCUUCUGUGUCUAACAUUCUACAUUGCUUUUUUUUUUCCCUUUGUGUUUAUUGCUGAAUAUUUCAGUGCAAAGCUAUUAACUUGGAGAAACAGGGAUUCAAAUGGAAAUAAACACUAAGAAGAGCUUUAGGGGGAAAAAGGGGAAUAGAAAGUCUUUGCCUGUUUAGUAAAUGGCAGUUCUGUAUAUACUUUAGAGGUUUUUCUUUGCCCAAAUUAGUUACACGCUUAGGAUGUCUUUAUUGAGUGUUUAAUAUUUUCUGUAGGAUAUAGGGCUUUGUAAAUCUUCAUAGCGACUCGAACAUUUGUAAAAUUUGUAAAAUACAGUAAUAGUUCUGCGUGUUGGUGUUAAGCAUGAAGCAAACACAGCAGCUGUUGUCCUUAAAAAUGAGUUGUCUUCAGCCUGCCAGAUGCACUAAGAAAACCGCUAGGGCUUGGGUAGAUGCUUGAGCUCCCAGGACAGUGCCACAGCCGUGCCGGUAAUAAGGAGCCCAUGUUCUUGUUCUUACAGCAGAACAUCGCAUCUGAGUUACUUUUUCAAGAACAGUGCUCAUUUUUCAGGCCAACAACUGUUGCCUUUGACUCAGUUAUAAAUAAAAGACUUUCCACAAACACUGUUUUGAUUGUAGUGUGUUAUUUAAGCUGAUAUGUUUAUUUUUUCUUGGGAAGAGAGCGUUAAAUUUUGGCUUUCAUUACAAUUCAAUGUGUUUUGUUUAUGUUUAAAUGGCUUAGUUACAAGCUAGAGUACUAUAUUGGGGCGGGGCACGGGGGCGGUCUUGCCUUUCUGCCUCCCUUUUAUUUGCCCGGGUCCAAAACAGCAUGUGCUUUCUUAGUUCUUUUCACCGACAUAAGCCGUGAGACUGACCGUCUGGCAGGAAGGUCCAAACACCAUUGCCCGUGUGUCUCUCUGACUAUGGUGUGGACCUGCCCUGCAUCCUUCGCCUCUAUCACUAUGUACAAUUUCUGUUUAGUUCAACUUAGAUGCUAAAGAAAUAAAUAUUUGCU